AUGCGUUCUUUUGAGCCCCAGUAUGGGAUUCUCGUCCUUUGCCUGGUAGCUGCGACCGUGCUUGCCAGCGUAGACCCGACCUAUGACCCUUCGUAUAACUUUCGCCCACAGAAUGUUACUGGGUUGGUUGGAAUCUAUGACUGGAUUGGAUCGUACUACAACGCAACCACGACAGUCGAAUACACACCUCUGAUUGGAUCAACAGUCAAUUUUUCUUAUAGCUCUGUCCUUGCCAUCACCCAGCCAGGGAAAAACGAUCAUACCCAUAAUCCAGUCAGUCUGGUGCUGGGUUUUUGGUCAUCGGGUUUCAAUUUUUCGACAAUACCGAUCGAUUACGCCUGGACUUAUGAGCCACCAAAUGGGGGCAUAAUAUGUUCAUCUAACCCCGAAUACAUGUACAGGGGGACUGAAAACUCAACUAUAACUGAGCCGUACUUCAACCUCAGCUUAGCAGAAACCAAGAGCGCCCCGUAUAACCUCUCAAGUAUCUUAAAUAGUACGGAUGGACAGACCCUCUAUUCAAACCUAACUUCCUGCGACACUUCUAUGCUCAGAAACGAGUGGGAAGUCGUUAUUAUUACUGAUGAAUGGUGGAAUAACGUGGGCUGGGAUUGGACCUAUCCGGUUCUCAACCUCCAGUUUGAUAAUAGCACUGCAAAUCUUACUCUAGAUGGGUAUUUCAUAGCCUACCCAUAUGUGUUAACCAAUGUCUCACUUUCCAACACAACUCGGGAGAUUGAUGAAGCCUAUGCUGUUCAAGGAAAGUUCAAAAUUCGCUUUUCCGGUGUUGUUGAUAAUUAUCAUUCUGAUGUGUUGGUGGAGGAUAGCCCGACUCCUGAGUGGUUGAGAAGCGUGGGUUUCAACAAUAAUUCUCUUAAUAUUGGAUACAAUAAAGCGUCAAGAAGUUAUGGAGAUCACAAAUUGCCAGAAAAUAGAUCAAUUGAUGCUAUUCCAGAUAUGGUUAAUUCUAUUAUUCGACUGCUAUUUCCGGAAGCGUGGGCUUCCUGGGAUGAUUAUGCUGUUCCUGGAGGUACAUUUAGAGAGAACUGUUUUAGUGAGCCUGAGAGCUCGAGACUACAUCCAUCUCAUCACAAAGCCCAGUAUACCUGGAAGGCAGAGCAAGCUGAACUACCAUUUUAUGGGAAAGAGUCAGUCGAAGAGUAA